GUGUGACGUGAGCGCGCGGCAAGAACCUUCAUACAUCGCGUGCCUCACUCAGUGACUUUGAGUUUUCCAUUUAGAAAAACCAUCUGGUAUAUACUAUUCCAUAGAGCCUAGGUCCAGCUUUGCAAAUCGUCGGUUCACGGCAAGCUGCGUCGAGCAGUCGUCUGCAUCCUCGACCGACGAUCACCAAUUCACCAGCAUCACCAUGUCCGGCGGCGGCGAAGCGCAGCGGGUCGUGGAGGACUUCUUCGGCGUCGUCCGUCUCCUCGGCGACGGCUCCGUCGUCCGCGGCGACGAAUCGGCCCUCGUGCCGGCAGGGCCGUUCCCGGACGCACCGGGCGUCCAGUGGAAGGACGCCGUGUACGACGCGGCUCGAGGCCUCAAGGUUCGCGUGUACAGGCCACACGCGGCCGCCGGCGACGAGGGCAAGCUCCCCGUGCUCGUGUACUUCCACGGCGGCGGCUACUGCAUCGGCGCCUACGACCAGCCCAUGUUCCACUCCUGCUGCCAGCGCUUCGCCGCCGAGCUCCCCGCCGUCGUGCUCUCCGUCCAGUACCGCCUCGCCCCCGAGCACCGCCUCCCCGCUGCCGUCGAGGACGCCGCGACGUUCUUCUCCUGGCUGCGUGCGCAGGCCUCGCCGGGCGCUGGCGCUGGCGCCGAGCCAUGGCUCGCUGAAUCGGCCGACUUCUCCCGGACGUUCGUGUCCGGCGUGUCGGCCGGCGCGAACCUGGCCCACCACGCCGUGGUCCGGAUCGCCGCCGGGCAGAUCGUGCCCGGCCCGGCUGUGCGCGUCGCCGGGUACGCCCUCUUCUCCGCCUUCUUCGGCAGCGACGAACGCACGGCGACGGAGUCUGAUCCCCCGGCCGGCGCGUCCCUGACGGUGGAGAUGUCCGACCAGCUCUGGCGCAUGGCGCUGCCGGCGGGGGUCACCAGGGACCACCCGCUGGCGAACCCGGUCGCGCCGGGCGGCGCGAGCCUGGAGACGCUGCCGCUGCCACCGGCGCUCGUCGUGGCGCCCGGGCGCGACGUGCUCUGUGGCCACGUGCUGCGCUACGCCGCGAGGCUCAAGGAGAUGGGGAAGGCUGUUGAGCUUGCCGAGUUCCCUGGGGAGCGGCAUGGCUUCUCGGUCGGACAGCGUAGCGAGGCGACGGAGGAGUUGAUGGGAAUCUUGAAGCGGUUCGUCAACAAAUGACUGACUGGAUGAGGUGGACGGAGUCUUUGUCUGCCAUUCAUCUUCGAAUGUAUGGUUCUAGUAUUCAUGCUUUCGUCGUUCCAUACUCAGCUAAAUGUAUUAGCCUUUAUAAACCGUGGGUGUAAUUCAGCUGGUAAGAUUUCUUAUAAUGGAAUAUAUCCAUACAAGUUUGAAUUCUAGAUUC